CUUCAUCCCCUUCCUCCUUCUCCUCGGUGCUGCCCGGAGCCGGGGCUGUCCGGCGCUGCUCCGCGAGGCGCGGUCGCCGCUUCCCCGCCCCGGCGCGGGGCCGUCCCUCGUCCCCUCCCUCCCUCCGCCCCGUCCCCGCCCGCCGCGGCAGCCCCGAGCGGGAGGCGGCGGAGGGAGGCGGGAGCCAUGCGGGAGUACAAGGUGGUGGUGCUGGGCUCGGGCGGCGUGGGCAAGUCCGCCCUUACCGUGCAGUUCGUGACCGGCUCCUUCAUCGAGAAGUAUGACCCCACCAUCGAGGACUUCUACCGCAAGGAGAUCGAGGUGGACUCGUCGCCGUCCGUGCUGGAGAUCCUGGACACGGCGGGCACCGAGCAGUUCGCCUCCAUGCGGGACCUCUACAUCAAGAACGGGCAGGGCUUCAUCCUGGUGUACAGCCUGGUGAACCAGCAGAGCUUCCAGGACAUCAAACCCAUGCGGGACCAGAUCAUCCGCGUCAAGAGGUACGAGCGGGUGCCCAUGAUCCUGGUGGGCAACAAGGUGGACCUGGAAGGCGAGCGCGAGGUCUCCUUCGGGGAGGGCAAAGCGCUGGCCGAGGAAUGGAGCUGCCCCUUCAUGGAGACCUCGGCCAAAAACAAAGCCUCGGUGGACGAGCUCUUCGCCGAGAUCGUCAGGCAGAUGAACUACGCGGCGCAGCCCAACGGGGACGAGCCGUGCUGCGCCUCCUGCGCCAUCCUCUGAGGGCGGCGGCGGCCCCGCGCCCCGGCGGACACGCUCGGGGAAAAAACAUCGGGGAAAAAAUUCAUCGUGUUGGAAAUGUGGCUUUUCUCGGCAUGUACGUUUCGUCCAGUCUUGGUCAUGGCAUAUUUCCUGUCAGUGUCGGCGGCGGGCGCGGGAGCAGUCGGUCCCGCCGCCCGGGGAGCGGAGCCACGCGGGGAACCCGCCCCGGGACAGCCGCGGGGAGCCCGGCGGGGAGCGGGGCCAUCCCGGACAGCCCCGGGGAGCGGGGCCAUCCCGGGGAGCGGGGCCAUCCCGGACAGCCCCGGGGAGCGGGGCCAUCCCGGGGAGCGGGGCCAUCCCGGACAGCCCCGGGGAGCGGGGCCAUCCCGGGGAGCGGGGCCAUCCCGGACAGCCCCGGGGAGUGGGGCCCCGUUCCGGCGCCGCUCCCCGCGGUCUCUAUGCAAGCGGGCGGCGGUGCGGGACCGUCCCGCCCGGAGAGUUGCACAUGGAACUGGGACUGUGACCCGAACGGUGCUGCCAGGCACGGGGCGCCGGGCAGCGCUGCCGAUAUCCCUGGAAUAAUGCUCUAUUUUGUUUACCUGCUGUAUCGGAUGGGAGUUUGCAGGAGAGUGGUAGCGUGGUGGUUUUUCUCCUGGUUUUGUUUUAUUUGUUUGGUUUUUUUAAAAUCAGCUGUGAAAAUGUUACAAAUCUGCACAAUUUUUUAGGUGUGCGUGUGUGUGUGAUUUCGUUGUGGUUUUGGUUUUUCCUUUGGCGGGGGGGCAGUGGUGCUUUUUGUGCCGAGGGGUUUUGGGUUUGGGUUGGCAAUACCUGAUUUUGAUGACUAGCUCUCUCAAGUGCAAAGACUUCCCAUGAGUGAUGCAGGGCCAACAGCAGCCCUGUGUCUGUAGAGUGCCUUCAAAACUCAGCUGUUCCAGCCGGUGCCAACCUGUGAAAGCUCCACAGAAUCCCAUUAUCUACUACUCCAAAAACUGCUUAACAGUUUCCUUGCAGUAAUCACACCGAGCAAGCCAGGACAAAAGGGCCUAUUGUUAGUGGAAUUUAUUUCUUAUUUCAAUCUGAGCCUUUUAACUGUUAUUUCCAUGUCUUGCAAGUUCGGGCUUCAUUUACUUCAAAUUUACAAGAAUUUAGCCUUUUGGGAUUUUGGGGGGGGAGGGCUUUUUCUUUUAUUUUUUUUUUUCCUUUUUUUGGUUCUAUUUCUCUUUGAUUUUGUCGUGGGAUGUACCUCCAGCCAGCAAAGAAGGAAAUCUUAUCGUUGUGAUGUACCAAGAAAAUUCUAACAACUGUCGUUUUAAUUGCAGACAUGCAUUGAAGAGAUGUCUAUCCAUUUUAAGAAUUUUAAUACAAAUGCUGUUUUUUAGAAAACAACUUUGUGCACUGUUAUGUAUCUCAUGAAACACUGACUUUCACACAGGCUCUUAAUCCUGAUUUAUAUCUCAGUAGCAGUGAAAGGUAGAGGGGUCGAUUUAGCUAAGAACAGUGGUUAAAAAAAGGCAAAGCACAAGAUUGCUGUUUUAUCUAAUAUUUAGUCAUUUUUGAUGCAGGUUUUUGCUUGUGUUCAGGGCCUGGCCCAGUGUGAUGCCAACUUGUGAGAAGAAGGCUGUGCUCAGAGGCAGCUUUAGGAAGGCAGUGUGGGCUUACUGCAACAGGCCCUGUAAGAUGAGGCCCUUUUUCCCUCCUGAAAGCAGCAUGGUUUGUCGGGGUGAAGUUCUAAAGGUCACUUAUUUAUGAAAUUUAAGCUUUUAGUCUCAUUGCAUUAUCGCUUUAAAAUUAUCAACCAGACCUUUUUGUUUUCUGGUUUGCAGAGGGGCUGGGGUGGGAGGAGACCUGUGUCUCCCAUCCCUUGGAAGAUCCAAGGAGCUUGUUAACCUGUUUUCUUCCUCUCUUUGCCCCUUCUUUAAAGGUUUGCACACAAAACCUGCAACUCUUUUUUUCUUUCUCCCCCCUAUCCCAAGAAGUCUUGAAAUUAUCUUAGAUCUCAGAAGCAAAGGUUGAGCAAUGAUGUGUAAAGGGAUUUUUAAUCAGGCCAAUUGAAAAGUAACUGCCAUGAUCCCUCUGUGAAUCUGGUCAUUUCUCGUGUUUUAAGCAGGAAAACCUUGUGCUUCAGCAGUGGAAGAACAGCAUGCAGUGUCAGUUUGAUGCUGCAUUUUGAAAUCCCACUGAUUUAAAUGAAAAUUGUCAUUUGUGCUUUAGUCAGAAUUACUACUUUUUGUACUAACGUCAAGUAUCUACUGAAAAUGUGUGAAUGAUUCUAUACUGGAAGCGUGUUUCUCCUUCUGAGCUCAUGUGUAUCCUUCCAGUUUGGUCCAGUCAGUGGGACUGUGUCAGCCUCAGUGACACAACCACAGUGAAAAACAGAGGGGGCUGGAGAAGGCAACCCCAGUGCUGGUCCCUUGCUGCUGCCUGGGGUCUCCCUGUAAUAGACACAUUCAUUUACCCCCCGUUUUUAAGUGAAAAUUGAAAACGUCAUUGCAGCUCAUCUUCCAGAAAUUCCUAAAAAUUCAUUAGAAGCCAGAGGACUCCCGUGCUAGGAAGAGAGGGGGAAUAACACUUACUGACAGAAGGGGUUCCUUUUAACCCAAGUACUGCAUUGAAAGCUAAGGAAGCUUGACUGCUGCCACAUCUGCAGCUUACAAACUGCACAUCUGAUGUUAAAAAGAAAUAAAUUUACGUCUCUGUUACUG